AUGGCCGACUUACCAGACGACGGCGCGCUGUCUGUGCCUCCGUCACCGACGAACACGAGAAGACCGAGAUUCGACCGGACAGGCUCGCUCGGCGAGCCGGACGAGCGCUCACCAUUACUCUUGAACUCGAGAUCUCGGAUUCGGCGACACCAAGCUUCUACCCCCGAGAGUCCCAAACACCUGACUCCGGGCCUGUCGAGGAAUCACAGCACGGCCGGAAGCAUCCGAAGUUUGCACCACAGUCGCAACCCGUCAUUCGGCGCUCGCUUAUCGCACGCCUUCUCCGACUUCCCAGAAUCUAUGUCCGAGUCGAAACGAUCAAUUCUGCCCGACGAACGAGUAUGGUACGAUCAGUUUACGUCCACCGAUUGGGUUCACGAUAACAUCGUCGAUGCCCACCGAGCCAAGGCCCUCAAAAUGCGCAAGGACUUCUGGGGAAGGAUAUAUGCCAUCUUCGAUGCUUCGCAGGGCUGGAUUCUUAGCGCCGUGUGUGGUGUAGCCGUUGCUCUCGUUGCAUACGUAGUCAACUUGUCCGAGGCUACCGUAUUCGAUUACAAAUAUGGUUAUUGCACACGGGGCUGGUACAUCAGCGAGAGGACUUGGUCGGAGUCUUUGAGAUUCUGGCCUUUUGGAGAUGUGGGAACCGAAUUCACGAUCUACCUCAUUGGCGUCGUUGGCUUGGCCUGCGUUGCUUGCGCCAUGACAUUGACGACCAAAACCGUGGUGCCCUCGGCGUAUCGUAUGACGACCUUCGACGAGAACCUCGCUGCGGAACUUGCCCCGUACGCCGAUGAACCUACAAGCGACGAGAGCCCGACGCCUCCAGAGCCUGUUGAGCCGGUGACGACGACAUCAGAACCCGCGGAAAACGUGCCGCCACCGAUGAUUUACUACUCAGCUGCUGGUAGUGGUGUCGCUGAAGUUCGCGUCAUCCUCAGCGGUUUCGUGUUGCACGGUUUUCUCGGUCUGAAGACGUUGGGUAUCAAGUCAGCUGCUCUCAUUCUCAGUGUUGCUUCUGGUCUCAGUCUUGGAAAAGAGGGUCCUUACGUUCAUAUUGCAACUUGUGUCGGCAACAUUGCCUGUCGCUUGUUCGCGAAGUACGAUCAAAAUGACGCCAAAAGGCGCGAGGUCCUAUCCGCAGCUGCAGCCGCCGGUGUCGCCGUCGCUUUCGGCGCUCCGCUGGGAGGUGUUCUUUUCGGACUCGAGGAGGUGUCGUACUUCUUCCCUGCAAAGACGCUUUUCCGCACAUUCUUCUGCUGUAUUGUCGCAGCCUUGUCGCUCAAGUUUCUCAACCCCUACGGCACCCACAAGAUCGUCAUGUUCCAGGUCAAAUAUACAACCGACUGGCAUUACUUUGAAAUCGUGUUCUUCAUCGUCAUCGGGAUCCUUGGCGGCGCUGCUGGAGCUCUGUUCAUCAAGGCCUCGAAGCACUGGGCCAAGACCUUCCGUCGGAUCGACGUCAUCAAGAAAUACCCCAUGUUCGAGGUUGCCUUGGUCGCCGUAGUGACCGGAAUCAUGAGUUACUGGAACGUUCACACCAAGCAGCCAGUCGCUAAGCUCAUGCUCAACCUUGCGGCGCCAUGCCACGACGGAUCUGAUCGCGAAGAUUACGGACUAUGCCCAACGACGGCUGAAGGCAUCCCUCCUGUGCUUUCAGGUCUUUUCUCCGCCUUUUUGAUCAAGGGGUUCUUGACGAUCAUCACAUUUGGAAUUAAAGUUCCAGCCGGAAUCUACGUGCCGUCCAUGGUCGUUGGCGGUCUCAUGGGAAGAAUCGUCGGUCACGUCGUUCAGUAUAUCGUGCUGAUGUACCCCACCUUUGGGCUCUGGACUCGAUGUGCCGCAUCACCAACAGGAUCAUGCAUUCAGCCCGGUGUCUAUGGGCUAAUCGCUGCCGGAUCCACCAUGUGCGGUGUCACUCGGUUGUCGGUAACACUGGCAGUCAUUCUCUUUGAGCUGACGGGAAGCUUGGAUUAUGUCUUGCCGUUCUCCUUGGCUAUCCUCGUGGCCAAAUGGACUGCUGACGCCAUUGAGCCAAACAGCAUCUACGACCUCCUGACGAACAUGAACUCCUACCCCUUCCUCGACAAUAAGCACAAGCCAAUUUUCACUUCCGACCUGGCAGACAUCGUCCCUCGUGUCCGCCGGGAACGAAUCAUUGACGUCAGCGCUUCUCCAGUGAUAUCCGCCGUCAGUCUGCGUAAGAAGCUUCAAACUCUGCACAGGGCAGGUGAGCUUGACGGAGGUCUUCCUAUCAUUCGGGAUGGUAUUCUUGUUGGGCUCAUCCCAGCACCCGACCUCGAGUUCGCCCUGGACAGUCUUGACGACGAGGCUUCAAGCAUGUGUUUGAUGGCCCAUAUUCCCACCAUCGAAGACUCCGACGAUGAAGAGACGGAGAGAGAUAAGACAGAUUUCACUCCGUACAUUGACCCAGCUCCCGUAGCAUUGGAUAUCAGAUCCCCAAUGGACCUUGUAUAUGAAUGUUUCGUCAAGCUUGGUCUCCGCUUCAUUUGCGUGCUCAAGAACGGCCGCUACGCCGGCAUGGUUCACAAGAAGAGCUUCGUAAAGUACAUGCGAGAGCUCGAAGAAAAGGAGCACUAG